AUGGCGUCGUCAUUCUAUGGAGGAGAGUACGGUAGUUGCAGUCUUAGUUUUAGUUUUAGUCAAUACGAAUGCAAAUCAAAUGCGAAUGCAAGUGGUUCUCCUGUACAUUGUAGCCUCGACUCCCUGCACCAACAUCAAACAUCAUCACCGCAUCCCGCUGCCGCUGCCGCUGCACCUGACUGCAACCUCUCUUCCGCAUCACCCCGACGUGGACGACUCUCCACCACACAAUCUCCAUCAGCGCACGAAGAGAACAUGCCGAUCGUUUCAAAUGAACAUCAUCCUGCAGCGUCAGCCCUGGCUUCCAUCCAAUCAUCAUCAUACAAGUGCACCGCCAAGUCCACUAGACGCGGGUCUCGUCUCACCGCUACAAACACCCUCUCCUCUGAUCCACUCGGAUCCCGCCAACGCAAAUUCCAGCAUGCAGAUGCCAUCACCCUCGACCAAAUACUGGCUCCUCGCUGGUGCCAACAGGGCAGGUCACCGCUGCGCUAUGCGACUCUGGCACACGCUUUGAUAGGCCCCACUCUCUCCUGA